CCAUGACGACGCUCAAGAUCUCGUGGAAGGAGAAGCAGGACAUGCGCCGCGUGCAGGUGGCCGCCGUGCACCAGGCGCUGGCGGCCCGGGACGGCCGCGCGCCGGCCGGCCGCAGCGAGCUGAGCUUCCGCGAGCUGCGCGACUACGUGCUGCUGGUGUUCCCGGAGCUCGCGCAGCUCCAUGGUGCACGUGCUGCCCGGCGACGCCGAGGAGAUGAUGCUCAGCCAGCAGAAGAAGAAGAUGUCGGACCUGUUCGUGGACCUGGGCAAGGUCGUGGAGAAGUGGGACGCUAGUAGUGAGCACCAGACGCUCAAGAAGGACCUGGUGUCGCUGCUGCACGAGCCCGGCUGCCAGGAGGCGCUCAUGGAGAUCAUGGCCAAUGCCAAGUUUGCGACGCUGUUCCAGACCGUGACGGAGGAGUUCCAGAAGAACGGCAACUUCAUGGAGUGUCUGGUGGCUGUGGCCGGCACUGGAGACUUGGAGGGGGUGGCCAAGAUCCUGCUGGCCAAGUGCCCCAACGCCCGCGUGCAGGUGGAGCGGGUGCUGCAGCAAGUGCAGUACAGCCACAACGCGCAGCUCAUGUCGGCCAGUGACUACUUCGAGGCCAUCAACAUUGAAGAGACCAAACAGGACCUGGGCCCGGUUGUGGCCGUGUUCGAGGGCGACGUCACCUGCCCCGACGGCACGGUGCUGGCCCCCGGAGAGCCGUUUGACAAGGUGUGGAAGCUCCGCAAUGGCGGCCCCAACAAGUGGCCUAUCGGUGCGGAACUCUUGUGCGUGGGCGGUGACAAGAUGCAAGCCCCUGAAAGCGUGCUGAUCCCGUCGGUGCUGCCUGGCAAGUCUAUUGACGUGUCGCUUCGCAUGGUGGCCCCGGCAAAGCCCGGCCGGUACACUGGAUACUGGCGCCUGAGCACUCCCGACGGCAACCGCUUCGGCCAGCGUCUCUGGGUCGACAUCAACGUGAUGGAGCCGAAAGAGCCAGCAACCGUCGCCGUUGAGACGAAGGAGGUUCGUGUCGACGCCCCCGCUGCGGUCGUCUCGACGGCUGGCGCAUCGGUGAACGUUCCGGCGCCCGCUGCUGUGUUGACGAACAACGAUGAGGAGCUCCGGUGGACGAACCAGCUUCAGGCCUUGGCCGACAUGGGAUUCACGGACAUGGAUCGCAACGUGGCUCUGCUGACUCAACACAACGGCGACAUGGACGCCGUCAUUACGGGACUUUUGAGUUCUGUCUAAGUGAGGGAGGUUGAUCCCUUUGACCCCUUUACCCACCUUUGCCGGCGAACGAACU